GAUCCUGCCCCAACGAGCGGACUCCAGGACGACACCGCACCCCAGCCUCGCGGGGUGCCCCGCAAAGUCCCUGGGAAACUUGGGGGGAAUCUGUCGAAGGCGCUUGGAGGAGUCGGACACGCCCCCUUUCUCCCUCGGUAUUUCCUGGGAGGGGGUGUGGGCUUGGGGAGUUGCGCCCUCCAGCUGGUGAGCACCUGCGCGAGGGUUGGAAGGAGGAUCGUGUGAGGAGGGUAGAGGUGAAGAAGGCCGGCCCGUAUGGGUUCCAUGCAAGCUAGACCUAACGUAAAGGAGGGUACGAACCCCUCUAUAAGGUCUCCGAUGCUCCCCUCUUCCUUGUGGCCUGGAGCUAGGAGAAAUGGCGACCCCAGGCCCUGAGUGUGAACAGCCCAUCCUGGCCACCUUCCACAGGAAAUCUGACCUGAGAGACAGAACAGGAAGGAAACAGACUUUGUCACCACUGUUAGUGCUGAACUCGGAACUCUCAAUGCCCCAUCAAGAGGAUAGUCCCAUCACCAGGGAGCAAGGUUUACCUGCCAACUCAGAGGCUGACUCAAGCCACCAGCUAGAGGAAGACCCCGAGGAUAACUUUGCUCAGGCUCCUGCAGUCCUGAGCUUGAGUCCACCCCACUUGGACAUCAACCAAGCCUCCAAUUGGCCUGGACUUCAGACCCUCCUACAGCAGCUCCCUCCGCAGGACAGUGAUGAGCGUUACUGCCUGGCUCUUGGGGAAGAGGAGCGGGCUGAGCUGCGGUUUUUCUGUGCCCAGCGGAAGCAGAAGGCCUUGGGACAGGGGGUGGCCCGCCUGCUACCUCCUAUGCUUGAAGGGCAUACCUGUGAGAAGUGCAGGGAGCAGCUGAAGCCAGGAGAGUAUGGAGUGUUUGCAGACCGGGCAGGCAGGCAGCGCUGUUGGCAUCCGCCUUGCUUUGCCUGCCAGACCUGUGGUCAGGCCUUGAUAAACCUCAUCUACUUCUACCACGAUGGGCAUCUCUACUGUGGCCGUCACCAUGCUGAGUUGCUGCGGCCACGCUGCCCAGCUUGUGACCAGCUCAUCUUCUCCCAGCACUGCACCGAGGCAGAGGGACAGCGCUGGCAUGAGAACCACUUCUGCUGCCAGGGCUGCGCUGGGCCCCUGGGUGGGGGCAGUUAUGCCCUACCGGGGGGCAGCCCCUGCUGUCCUAGCUGCUUCGAGAGUCGCUACUCGGACGCAGACACUAGCCCGGCCGGGGCCCUGGAAGGGCGAGUGUCCCUCGGUAAGAGAGGAGAAGGACCCGAUGGAACUGGAACACACGGCCGAGCCUCGUCGGAGGACGCCACGGUCUCCCGAGCGGCUCUUCCCGCCAGCCGCCGCCGGGACACGCGGGGUGUGCGGGAGCAAGGCCCCGCGGAGGACGCCCCCUGCCCCACCUGCUCCUCCUCCUCCGACUCGGAACCCGAAGGCUUUUUCUUGGGCCAGCGCCUGCCCGGACCGGGGCCGGCCCCGGGCCGCCUGCGGGCGGAGGACGGCGACCCCUUCCGGAAGCGCUGCACCGUGUGCUAGCGGCGGCGCCGGGGCGGGAGCGCGCGCCGGAGAGCGAGGCUUCCCAAAGCUGAGCUUCCCAGCACAGCGAACCCCUACCCCACCGACUGGGGCGGCCACACCCCCAGCACGUGGCUCCGGAACGACCGAACC